CUGACCAAUUAGCAUCCCCCUCAUUGCCAUUUUCCACUAUAAAUAUCAAUCAAGCCUUUUAUACUAAUUAGGUAGCUAGAAGCCUAGAACUCCUCACGUAGUAGUAGUAGGGUAACUAAUGGAGAAACGAACCAUUGUAAGGUUUUGUCUCGGUUUACUAAUUCUGAUACUCGCAUUUUCUCUUCGUCCGGGCCGAUUCCCGCCCUAUGCCCGGAUUUAUUUUGUCCAAACCUGGACUCCAACCUAUUGUGCACAACCAGAUGUCACCUGCCGCCAGAACCUCGAACCCACCUUCACUCUUCACGGCCUCUGGCCAGCCGAUGCCGAUGGAACCUCGCUCACGUAUUGUAGCAAGAAGAGGUCAGAUCAGGAUAUUGAUAAAGAGACAAUUGAAUUAAGGGUUGAUUUAUUGAGAGUGUGGCCAAGCGUUCAAGAGGGAAAGACUAGUAAAUCCUUCUGGCAGUUUCAAUGGAACAAACAUGGGAUUUGCUGCUUGUUGAAAUUGACGAAAAUGGACUACUUCAGAGCUGCCAUCGCGCAGAGGAACAACAUCGACUUGUCGAGCAUUUUCACAUACGCUGGUGUAAAACCCCGCUGGGAUGCAACUUACACUAAGGCUGCCAUCGAGAACGCCAUCCGAGGGCACACCGGGACUGCUGUCGAUGUCUCGUGCAAACCGAUGAACGACACGCACGUUAAGUUGUUCGAGAUCUACAUAUGUCUCGAUGUCCCGGGAACAAAUUAUGUUGAUUGUCCACCAAGUGGGAAUAAGAGGGGUUGUUGGAGGCCCGGAACGGAAACAUCUAUAAUUAUGUUCCCACCUAAGUGAUCAGUAGCUUGGUAGUAUGACAGAGAGCAAUUUUGUUCACCCUCGGCGAGGCUAUGCUCAUUCCAUAUCUUACUUUGCUUAUCAAAAUCGUUCAUUUUUCUAGAUUCAUUUUCUAGGAGCUGCUAACAAAUUUCAGCUCAAUACGAUGUCAAUUAGUGCUUAAUCUAGGAGUUUUAUUUUUUAUUGUUUGAAAUCCUUGACUGAAAAAUCAAACUUUCAAAUCAAGCGCUUACCAAUAUCUAAUUAAUCUGAAUUUUUGCACAGUCUCCUAAUAAAUGAGUUUGGACAAUAUGAACGAUUUUGAUUAUCGUUGUGGAAUAUGGAAUGAGCAUAUCUUCAAGAGGGUGAACAAAGUUAGGAUGAAUAAAAUCGGUCUCGUAGUAAGACCGGUGGAGAAAUUAAGUAAAGUAAUACCAAAAUCAUGAGCUCUACAAGAGUACUUUUUGUAAUUAAACCUCAAGUAUAUGAAUUGGACU